AUUUCAGACUGUUUGACAGCAAGGCGCCUUAAACUUCCGUAUUCAAGAUGGUACACCGUGUCCCCCACCACCGACAACAGAUAUUUAUUGUCCACAUCACAGAAGAUACAAAAUCCAACCAACUAACACUUCCCUGCCCUCCCCCCACGCCCUUGCCUUCAGAAGUGAAAUACUCAGCCACCCUCGUCCGUGGCUUAGGUUGCAUUCACUUGAGCCUCGGUGCCGUUACUUUCGUGUUAGGAUUACUAGGAAAAUUAGUGAACAGAAACGAGUUGGGCAGGCGCAGGCAUCUGGGGCGGUCUAGUGGCCAUGACCUGCGGCCUGACGGGGCUGCUUGCCCAUAAACUCUGGUACAAGAAUUUUAGUAUCAAGACGUUCUUGGUCGCCUCUGUGACAUCAGUUGUUAUUCAUAUAUUGGCCAUUGUCCUCACGGUCUAUGCCGUCCUUAAUCGACAUGAACAUUACCGCUACCUGAUGGAGACCGAAAAGAACCCUUGGUAUCGUCCGUAUAAGUUGGAGGAAGAGGAGCAUCCGCUGACCCUAAGCAUCAGUGUCAAUCAGUUAGUAGGAUUUACUUUUGAACUGAUUUUGUCCUUGUGGUCGAUGCACGUAGGAUGGCAGGGCGUGCGUGCUGAAGAGUUCACUUCGCUUAGGAGGGAUGUUGGCUUGCAACAGCGGGAGGUCAUUCCUUCUACAAAACGUACCCAACAAGUGCCUGUCUCUGCUAUCUACCAACUCUUACAAACUCACCCAGAAUUAAUGGUGUUUAAUGGUAAUGAACAAUGUGAACCAGCUUGGGAGCUGGAUGAACAACGACCCCACUUUUCUAUGGAGAGGUUCAACUUCUACCUUACUCGUGGUAUUGUGGAUGGCAGUCUAUCUCCUUCGAGCGACAUUGUCGACAUUCGAGAUACUCCGUCACCUGACGGCGGUAGUGGGUCUCCUGCAGCGAGUUCUACUAAGGCUGUUGUGUUCCCUGUGGCUAAAAACCGCCAAAGUAAAAACGAUCUUUCCAAAAAAACACAGACAGACGAUAAGAAAGAAGAAUAUAAAAAACUUGAAGAAAUGGAAACUUCUGAAAAAAUACCUUCAAAUACUGAAAAUGGAACUAUAAACACAACCAAAGAAAGCACACACAGCAGGGCUGGAAUAAUGAAAAACUCAGAAGAAAUACUGAAAGAUCAAGCAAAAAGACUCGGUGAAAAGGAAACAGAAGGUGAGAAUAAUAGAAAAAUAAGAACAGACCGACUAAGCAAUAUCACCAAGGGAAAUCAAGAAUCGGGCAAGAAACAGAAGCGUGUAGAGCAACCCGUUGAAACAAGAAUGAAUGGGGACAGUCUCGGAAACAAAAAUCCGUUAGUUCGUCAGAAAUGUGGCCCGGAAGAAAUCAGUGCAGAAGAAAGACUGGACGUCAUUAUGAACCUGAAGCCUCCCAGCCAGUUUCAGGACUUGUAAUAAUCUCUGCAGCCGUUGUGUAACAAGUAGGGAUAAAGUUCAUGUUUCUACUGAAACUGAUUAAGAUCGUUUGUGUUAUUGUAAAGCCCGAAAAUGAUAAUUUAUUGCGUAAUGAGAAUUAUUACAAUUCAUUAAAUUCCAUACAUACAGUUUA